GGUAGUUUAGAGGUAUAAUACUUGCUUUGGGAUUUUUUCGCAAGUUUACGCGCGACUCCUUCUGCAAGAGGUCCAGGGUUCGAUUCCCUGCCAGGCCCUCUUUUUCCUGUUUUUGCACGUACGAUGACGCGUGUCUUCCUCUCCCUCCACGUCUUUGUUACUUCCCUUCCCUUCCUUGUCGUCGACCUCGACAGUGCUGGACCAAGUCAAGACCACCAUGGCGUCCACUCAAAGCAAGGGUAAAGGGAAGAGCAAAGAGGUCGCCAAGCCUCUUCCGCUCGGCCUGCAGCCAUACCAUGUCUUCUAUCUCGCUGGCCUUUCGGUGCUCGUCGUUGUCGGAACGGCGUAUUCGGUCCUCUACUCUACCCACGUCUACAAUGUCAGCCUGAGCGCGUCUGUGACGCAGCACCCGCUCCGAUCGGCGCUCGACUCGAAUCCGUUGAGCCAGGCGCCCCUCGCAGAAUCUGCCAGGCUGCCGGCGACAAUAUUUGCCGAUCGGAGGAACUGGAUCAAUCGGAUCUUUAUCAAGAGGGCCUGGGGUUGGACGGGACUGGCGUUUGCAGCACAAGCGCUCACGCUCCGAGCUGCUCCUUCGUCUCCUACUUCCCCAUCCUCUGCAAAGGGAAAGGAGAAGGAGAGGCAAAGCAGUAGCAGUAAUAGUGGCAACAACGAAGAGGCAAUGGCGAGGGCCGAAGCCACCAUCUAUAGCCCGUUGUCAAGGUCCACCUUCCGCUUCCUUGUUGCAACGCUUCUAUGGGGGUUCUUUGCGGCUUGGUUUUUCGGCCCGCCUCUGAUGACGAGGGUACUGCAGUGGAGUGGUGCCGUAUGCUACCCCAUGCUUCCACCCACGGCCUCUUCGUCACUUGCCGAUGAUGGCUUCCUCAUCAAGGGCAGCGUGCACCCCAUGUUCUGCUAUUCGCGCCUCCCACUCACGCCGCAAUCGAGCCCAGAGCUGUUCCAAAGUGGACAUGCCGCGCUGACCAGCGCAUCCUCUGACGGCUCCCUCAAAGCUCGCUUCCAUGGCGGUCAUGACAUCUCGGGCCACACCUACAUCCUCGUUCUCUCUGCUCUCUACCUACUCGAAGAUCUGACGCCCUUCCUGCCCCACCUGGUCCCCGUCGCCCUGCAUCCUUACCUCCUCCAAAUCAUACCCGCGCGAAGCUGGUCGGUCCUGGACCCCUUCCGCGCCUCGGCGUCCAUCAGCCCUUCGCAAGCGACCGUCAACCUCGCCGUGGCGCUGUCGAUUCUCGCGCUCAUCGGUCUGUGGGCCUGGUGCCUCUUCUGCACCGCCCUCUUCUUCCACACGCCCCAGGAAAAGGCCAGUGGCCUCCUCGCAGGCCUCGCUGCCUCACUCCUCAUCCCCAAGGGUGGGUGAUGGAUGAUGUUGUCGUACUUGUUGCAUUGCAGACUUCGUCACACACGGACUAGAAACAGGAAAAUGAAGCAAUAUUACAAUUGAUGCGGA